CCAGAACAGUCAUAUGUCUCCGUAGUAACAUCGACCCUCGGUGGACACAACAUGACUUCCAGCCGAGAGUCUGAUGCAUACGUCGCGCCUGAGAAUCGACCACUGAUCUCGCGCAUUGAGAACUCCAAUCAAGAGCCGUAUGGACACAGUUACGGAGGUGACUAUGGAAAAACCAAUGAACAACCCGGAGACGUCUUCCAUUCCGAAGAGUUAACAUCGAACGGCGAAGCUUUCGGCCAAUAUGGUAUCCUUCCAGAAGGGUUACAACAUUCUUAUCGUCCACACAGGCUGUUCACGCAAAAAGCAAGCCGCAUGCACCUGUAUCCACAAGAGGACGAGUUUUCUACAAUUAUACCCCUUCCGGCAUACUCCGGAAUGAUUCGUGAAAGCCAUGACCAGCACGGAAACAAUGUAAUGCCUCUUCUAUCAUCGUCACAAGAAACAUACAUCCCUACAAUUUCUCUGCAUGAUUCAUCCUCGGCUCUGCUCUUACCUGACGCGCCUUACCUCACAGAAGACUCAGAAUGGGCGAGAAACGUGCAGAAUCACGUUCCUGCGUCUGCCGCCACUUCUGGACCCUCUUCUGUUCUGUCUCCGUUCUCUAGCUCGGCAGACCUUUUACACAAGAAUGAAGCUUUCCCGAGAUAUCUGGCAAUGGCAAGAAAAGGCGCUUCCCACAAGGAAGAGAAAAUAUCAGGAGGUCGAACUGAGAGGAAGAAAGCCGUCCAAAUAGAGGGGCGAGUUAUUCCUAAGGAACUUUUGGAGAGUGAAAAUCGCGUUUUCCUUGGGAAGGAUUCAAGAAAACACGGAAACACAGAACCUCGGCGGCUGCUUGGAGGAAUAGAAACACAGUCUAACCUGGAGGAUCAUUGCUACGAGACACUAACGGUGGAGCCAAACCGGGGGUGUCCAUUUGACUUUACUCUGGAAAUAUUCAAGGACGAUUCUAUCAAAUCACCAGUGCUGGUCUGCAUGGGAGUACGGGUCCUCCCUUCUGAGGCGCUUUGUGCGGGGAAAGUCGUAGACUCGAGAUGCCUCGUCGAGACCAAAAGACACGCCAAAUGGUUUUGCCCACUCGACGUGGUCGUUGAACAGGCACCUGAGCCAAAGAUAAAGAAGUCACUCCCGAAGCCCGGGGAACCUAAAAAGAUGCCAGGGUCUCAUUCAGAGUCAGAAAAGGUCAAAGAUGGUUCUUCAAAGCAAGAGCAAACGGAGAAGAAACCUACUUCCCGCUCGGCUUCCGCCUCGACAGAGAGAAGCUCUUCAGCCGCCGUGUUGGACGCGUCAAGCGCUCCUCGACAUGCGCAGGGCACGAACUCUACGGACCCAAAUGUGAAGAAACCGGGAGAAGAGACAGCAAAGGACGAAAGGGAGAAGGAAGUGGACCGUGCUAGGCAUCCCCGGCCCCGGCAACUUGAAAAUGUAGUGACACCAGGAAGGAUCGAUAGGACAGGCGUUUCCGUCGGGCCUUGGGCGGAUGCCCUCUUCGUAAACAAGGCCGAAGACGCGGGAAGUGAUAGAAGUGCGUUUCGUCAGCUUGGCAAAUUGCCCUUUGCUUUGCUUGUUAUGGAGAUCAACGAACGGCGAAAAGUUUCGGAUCCCAAGCAACGGAUGAAAGAUGAAGUUGAGAAGAUGAAUUCCUCAAGGAAAAUCGAUGUCGAUGCAGCGCUUCACCACUCUGUGGCGUCUCCUGUCCCGCCAGUGCCACCUUCCCCCGGACAGAAAGAAGGGAAGAGGAUGAAAGAUAUCAAAGCAAAGAAGCUCUCAGAUCCGCCAGAGCCACCGCCAACGGGCCUCUGCUAUCGCGAGCAAAUAGUCGAUCAAAUUGUUGUCUGUCCAGAAGGAUACAAUGUCACUCCAGCGCAAGCAUGUCAAGCCACCAGUCAGCCGGUUGUCACAUGUCAUGCGGUAGGCGUAGCGGGAAAAGGUUUUUGAUGUUGCACGGGUCCAGAUGUUCAUAACUGUCCUGGAAGCAACGAUGCGCUGCGUGGAUCAUCGACUAUUUCUCACUUCGCGAUGGCAGCAAUAAGCAGGCUUAGAGGAGCAGCUCAAAACAGUAGAGGCCCACGGGAAGGAGGAGAGUGGCAGACCACUGGAAAGGUUCAUUGAAGAGGGUCAGCCACGGAAGAGGCAUGCACAGAAGAACAAUAGAAGGUUAUCAUAUAUGAAUUGGACGUGAUGCUAUGAGAGAUCUCUGAGAGUUUUUGUGGGUUUGUGUCAAAAGAUGAGUUGAAGUACCAUCAGGAGUCCGUCUUCUGUUCGGUGCCUGUAUUUCACUGUCGGGUUGCUUGUCUUGUCUUUGCAGGGCUUCCUAUUGCUGCCGGAAGGUGUCUGCGUCCAAUAUGUAUAUGCUGAGCUCGUCGACAUACUCGGUUUGACGCCAUCAUCUGAGGAAAAGCCAAAAAGUAUUGACAAACUGAAGAAAAGUAAAGCUACUGGAUUUAGGAUUUAGGGCGCUUACCAACGCAGACUCGUGGAUCUGGGCAUUGCGCAGCAACCA